GCAGCGGAGCCCAUCGCAGUUGACUGUUUUUGAGCAGCCCACCCCUGUCUGCAGUAUGCAUGUUCGCCAGGGAUUCCGCGAAGCGCUCACGUCCCAGCAGUGUACUUCACCGGCCAGAGAACAUAUACUGAAGAGUCGAGGAUAAUAAAAAUUGGAUGUGGCAGGCGGACCGGAGGCGGAAAGCCCGGAGUGACCGGAGGAAUACAGUAUUACUAUAGGAACUCAGGCUGCCGCUCUCCUCUGAACGUGGACAAUCAUGCAUGUGCUCUUCUGGGGCUUGGGGUUCCUACUAUUCCCUGAUUUCUUGAACGUGGUCGCAUCUACGGGAACACUGCUUCUGAACUCGAGCACAGUAAAAGAGGAGAUCGGCGUGUAUGAGAUUGUAACACCGGUGCGAGUGAAUGAAGCCGGUGACAAGUUUCCAACCAGCGUGCACUUCAAGAGGAAAAGGCGAAGUUUGGACGAGGGCACCGGCAACACCACGGACCACUGGGCCUCGCCAAAUAUCCACUACAGGAUAUCUGCUUUCGGGCAGAAUUAUCACCUCAACCUCACGCUGGAUUCGGGAUUUAUCGCACCUCUCUACACUGUGACAGUACUUGGAGUCCCCCGAGGAGAUAACAUAACGGAUUUUGCAGCCGAUGGGGAGGUAGAGGAGGUGGAGGAGGAGGAGGAGGAGGAGGACACGGAGUUAAGGCACUGCUUCUAUAAGGGACAUGUAAAUGCACAAGCAGAACAUGCCGCGGUCAUCAGUUUGUGCUCCGGACUGCUUGGCACCUUCAGGUCUCCAGAAGGGGAGUAUUUUGUGGAGCCCCUACACAGCUAUCAAGGAGAGCACUAUGAAGAGGAACACACAAAACCUCAUGUUGUAUACAGGAAGAGCGCACCCAAGAAACACACAUCUGGGAAGGACUCAGCUUGUGACACUUCAGGACACAAACACAGACAUAAGAGACACAAGCUUAAGAGACGACCAGUGGCCGGGGUGACCACCGUGUCCAGUGCAGCCCCUGUGGUCAGCGCUGGCAUAUUCAACGACGUGGAGUCCCUGAGCGCCGGCCUGGCCAGUGAUGCUUUUCUCAGAUCAGAGAGCGGCAGCGCUAGCGCUAGACCAUCAAAUGAUAGCAGCGGUGACUCAGGACCUCACAGGAGAUCAAAGCGCUUCCUCUCCUACCCGCGCUUCGUUGAAGUAAUGCUGGUGGCCGACAGCAAAAUGGUGGAGCAUCAUGGCAGCAACCUACAGCACUACAUCCUCACGUUAAUGUCCAUAGUUUCUUCCAUCUAUAAGGACCCCAGCAUUGGCAACCUGAUCAACAUCGUAAUCGUAAAGCUAGUCAUAAUAAACAACGAGCUGGAUGGUCCAGUCAUUUCAUUUAAUGCACAGACCACUUUAAAGAACUUCUGCAUUUGGCAGCAGAGCCAGAACAUCCUGGAUGAUAACCAUCAUUCCCAUCACGACACUGCCAUCCUUAUCACCAGGCAGGACAUCUGCAGAGCAAGGGAUAAGUGUGACACUUUAGGACUUGCUGAGUUGGGGACGGUGUGUGACCCGUAUAGGAGCUGCAGCAUCAGCGAGGAUAACGGCCUGAGCACUGCAUUUACCAUCGCCCAUGAACUUGGCCAUGUGUUUAACAUGCCUCACGACGACAGUAACAAGUGUAAAGAGGAUGGCGUUAAGAUUCAGCAACACGUGAUGGCUCCCACACUGAACUACAACACAAACCCUUGGAUGUGGUCCAAGUGUAGCAGGAAGUACAUCACAGAGUUCCUCGACACAGGAUAUGGUGAGUGCUUGCUUGAUGAGCCCGUUUCUAGGCCGUACAGUCUCUCGCAGCAGCUGCCUGGACGGAUAUACAAUGUCAAUAAACAGUGUGAAUUGAUAUUUGGGCCAGGAACGCAGGUGUGCCCUUAUAUGACCCAGUGUCGGAGGCUGUGGUGCACCAGUCCAGAGGGCGCCCAAAGGGGCUGCAGGACCCAGCACAUGCCGUGGGCAGAUGGCACUGACUGCUCCCCUGGAAAGCACUGCAAACACGGCCUGUGUAUAGCCAAAGAGCAUGAUGCCACACCCGUGGAGGGAGCGUGGGGAGUUUGGAGUCCUUUCGGUACCUGUUCGCGGACUUGUGGCGGGGGCAUCAAGAUUGCCGUGCGUGAAUGCAACCGACCCGUGCCUAGAAAUGGAGGAAUGUAUUGUGUGGGUCGUCGGAUGAAGUUUCGUUCCUGUAACUCUGAGCCCUGCUCCAAGCAGAAGAAAGACUUCAGGGAGGAGCAAUGUGCAGCUUUUGAUGGCAGGCACUUCAACAUCAACGGUCUACCUCCAAAUGUUCGUUGGGUGCCCAAAUACAGCGGAAUCCUGAUGAAGGACAGAUGUAAGCUGUUCUGCAGGGUGGCAGGCAGCACGGCCUACUAUCAGCUCAGGGACAGGGUCAUCGAUGGCACACCGUGCGGACCAGAUACCAACGACAUCUGUGUCCAGGGCCUGUGCAGGCAAGCGGGCUGUGACCAUGUGUUGAACUCAAAAGCCAGGAGGGACAAGUGUGGCGUGUGUGGAGGCGACAACUCCUCCUGCAAAACUGUGGCAGGGACCUUCAACAUCGUCCGCUAUGGCUACAACGAAGUAGUGCGAAUACCCAGUGGUGCUACAAAUAUAGAUGUGCGUCAACACAGCUACUCAGGGAAGCCGGAGGAUGACAACUACCUCGCCAUAUCAAAUAGCCGUGGAGAGUUCCUGCUUAAUGGAGAGUUUGUGGUCAGCAUGUUCAAAAGGGAAAUAAAAGUGGGAAAUGCCGUCAUCGAGUACAGUGGCUCUGACCAUGUGAUUGAGAGGAUCAACUGCACUGACCGCAUCGAGGAGGAGGUCAUUGUCCAGGUGCUGUCUGUGGGGAAUCUUUACAACCCAGAUGUCAGGUACUCCUUUAAUAUCCCCAUAGAGGACAAACCUCAGCAGUUCUUCUGGGAUGCCUAUGGGCCCUGGCAGGAGUGCAGCCGCCUGUGCCAAGGAGAGCGCAAGCGCAAGAUUCUCUGCAGCAGAGAGUCAGACCGGGUGGUGGUGUCAGACCAGAGGUGUCACGGUACAGCUCGACCUGCUGUCAUCACUGAGGCCUGCAACACUGAAUGUGAACUCAGGUGGCAUGUGGCUCGUAAGAGUGAGUGCACAGCCCAGUGUGGCCUGGGAUAUCGUACCCUGGAAAUUUACUGUGCCAAAAUAAGCCGCACAGAUGGCAAGACGCAGAAGGUUGAUGACCGCUACUGUAGUGGUCAGCACAAACCAGACGAUAAGGAAGGUUGCCAUGGAGACUGUAACCCGGGCGGCUGGGAGUACUCAUCUUGGUCAGAGUGCUCCAAGAGCUGUGGCGGGGGCACCCGCCGUAGAGGGGCAGUGUGUCGAAAGGCAGCUGAGGCCGGUGGUGACGAGAGCAAAUGCAGUCAAAGGGACAAGCUGACCGUCCAAUCCUGCAAUGAAUUCCUCUGUCCACAAUGGAAGACUGGCGACUGGUCUGAGUGCCUUGUGACGUGCGGGAAAGGUUACAAGCACCGUCAGACGUGGUGUCAGUUUGGUGAGGACCGUUUAGACGACCGCUUCUGUGGCUCAUCUAAACCUGAGUCAGUGCAGACGUGCCAGCAGCAGGAGUGUGCCUCUUGGCAGGUCGGACCCUGGGGACAGUGCACUACCUCGUGUGGGCCAGGCUACCAGAUGCGAGCAGUGAAGUGUGUGGUUGGCUCUUAUGGUGCGGUCAUGGAUGACACUGAAUGUAAUGCUGCCACCCGACCCACUGACACCCAGGACUGUGAACUGGCCCAGUGUCCCAGCAGCCACCCUGUUCCCCCAGGGACCAAAGUCCCCUCCCACCAGGGCCACAAAACUCAGUGGCGGUUUGGUUCUUGGACCCAGUGUAGUGCCAGCUGUGGCAAAGGAACACGGAUGCGCUACGUGAGUUGCCGUGACAACCAGGGUGGUGUGGCAGAGGAGUCGGCCUGCGCGCAUCUACCAAAACCCCCCGCCAGAGAGGUGUGCUCAGUAGUGGCCUGCGGACAGUGGAAAGUGCUGGAGUGGACAGUGUGCUCAGUAACCUGUGGCCAGGGGAAGACGACGCGGCAGGUACUGUGCGUCAACUUCAGUGACCAAGAGGUCAAUGCUAAUGAGUGUGACCCAGACGAUCGUCCUACCACAGAGCAGGACUGUGCCAUGUCUCAAUGCCCGUCCCGCUCCAGUGAUUCCCGACCUUUCCCGUCCCCACCAAACUCCAGCGCCAGGAACAACCUGCCCCGUAGCCAAUCCCACCAAUGGCGGACUGGACCCUGGGGCGCAUGCUCCAGCACAUGUGCAGGAGGGUUCCAGCGGCGUGUAGUAGUGUGCCAGGAUGAGAACGGGUACCCUGCCAACAGCUGUGAAGAUCGCAACCGGCCCAGUGAGCAACGAUCCUGUGAGUCAGGACCGUGUCCACAGUGGAUCUACGGCAACUGGGGAGAGUGCACCAAGCCAUGUGGAGGUGGGAUAAAGACGAGGCUGGUGGUGUGUCAGCGUCCAAACGGCGAGCGUUUCAAUGAUCUGAGCUGCGAGAUCCAUGACAAGCCACCAGAUCGUGAGCAGUGCAAUACUCAGCCGUGCCCGUCUAGCCCCCACUGGAGCACAGACCCAUGGAGCUCGUGCUCUGCCGCCUGUGGGAGAGGGUUCAAGACCCGUAAAGUUACCUGUGUGACUGGGUCGGGCCGCCCCGUCCCUGAGGACAACUGCCAGUCACUUUCCCCUAAACCUUCGAAGCAGAGGCGCUGCCGAGGCGGACGGUGUCCCAAGUGGAAGACUGGCAGCUGGGGAGAGUGCUCGGCAUCGUGCGGCGACGGCGUCCAGCGACGGGAGGUGUUCUGCCAGGUCGGAGACAGACGGAGCCCGCUGGAGAGCGGCUGCUCCCAGCGCUCCAGACCGGCAUCCAGCCAGAGCUGCCGGGUCGCCGAGUGCCCCUCCCGGUACCGGUGGAGAGAAGGGGACUGGCAGACGUGCAGCAAGUCAUGUGGAGCGGGCCACCGUCGACGAGCCUUGACGUGUGUGGACCACAACCAGCAGGAGGUCCAUGAGAUGUACUGUGUUAACCAGAUCAGACCUCCAGACAUAGAGAGCUGCAACACCCACGCCUGUGAGCUAAUCUGGAUCACAGGGGAGUGGACAGAGUGCUCAGCCAGCUGUGGCCAGGGCUACCGCCAGCGUCUGAUCUCCUGCAGCGAGGUGCAUGUGGAGAAUGACAACUAUGAGUACGGCCAUCAGUCUUUGUCCAACUGCCCCGGGACCCCCCCUGAGAGCUACAUGCCUUGUAAUUUGGACCCGUGCCCGCCGCCACAGGAGUGGAGGGUUGGAAUCUGGGGACUGUGUUCAGCGAGCUGCGGUGAUGGAGUGAUGGAGAGGACGCUGCAGUGUGUCACAGCAGACGGUCAGGAGAGCAAUAGGUGUUCUCAAGACGGCAUGCCGGAGGCUCGUAAAAUCUGCAGAAAUCCAAGCUGCCAAUUGCCGUCUAGCUGUCAAGACGUCCAGAGCGUGAACGGCCCUCUCCCAGACGGUGAACACUUCCUCAACAUUCAAGGAAAAUCACUCAAGGUCUACUGUGCAGGAAUGCAGACAGAGACUCCACAGGAGUACAUCACCUUGACGACGGGAGAAGGAGAGAAUUUUUCAGAGAUCUUUGGCUUCAGGCUCAAUGACCCCACCCAGUGUCCAGCCAACGGCUCCAGAAGAGAGGAUUGUGAUUGUCGGAGAGACUACACGGCCGCCGGCAUCACCACCUUCUCUAAAGUCCGCCUGGACCUCAGCAAGAUGAACAUCAUCACUACAGAUUGGCAGUUUGCUUUCACCCGCGAAGGCAAGAAUGUGCCCUUUGCUACGGCUGGAGACUGCUACAGCGCCGCAAGAUGUCCACAGGGGCGGUUCAAGAUCAACCUCUCAGGAACGGGCUUCAAGGUGGCUGAGGACACAUCAUGGAUCUCGCAGGGCAACUACGCAGUGGCUAAUGUCCAAAAAUCACAGGGUGGCAGCAGAGUGUUGGGAAUUUGUGGCGGCUACUGUGGUAAAUGUACACCAUCCUCUGGCUCCAGCCUGCCUGUUAAAGUGGAGUACAUGUAAUACCAUCAAACAGUAUCUGUUUCCAUUCGUCUCGGCACUUCUCUCCAUGUCCUUGUUGUGUCAAGACGUCCCUCCUCUUUGGUGCUACAGCCAACUCAAAGCUCAACCCCGUCCUCCACGUGACCUCUUUCCCUCCCGUGUGUGUAUAGUGUAAAUGAAUCUGCUGUAAGUACUGUACAAAUGUCUUAUUUAUUGUACUCUUCAUUUAUUUUUGUAUUGUAAUAUAUUUGAACAGUUUUGCCAUCAUUAGCAAACACCGCACAGUUGCCAUUUGUCAGAUAUGUUUUUUUGCCGGAAUGUGCCUUCCAGUUUCCAUGUGUUUCCAAAGCCUUAUGUGCCUUUGAGAUCAAUUCACUAAGUUGUGUUUGUCGAUGUGAUGGGCCUGUUGCUGGUUUGCAGUGAGGUGUCUCCGUUCGGACCUUUACUAUUUACCGGUAGGCAAGAUUCACAGAUAGUUGCACAGAUAUAACCCCAGUCCUGUCUCACACCACUGAGCAGCUACUUUAGGAGACUUUUGGUUUAGAGAAGUUUCUUUAUAUGAAUGUGUCAGAUGUUAGGAGUGUGUCCAGAGUUCCUUCCAGGUUUAACUUAUGGGCAUCUGGAUUGUGGCCAGGCUGCCCCACCUGCAUGUCUCCAGCUGUUAACUGCAGCUGUAGGCCUUUGUCCAGCUGUGCUCGUGAACCAUCUUACAUUCUCAUUAACUGGAUCGGGUUCAGAAAUAGAACACCACAGGAAAGUUCGCAUCAUUGAGGUUAGUCUAUAAAACAAAGCUGCAUCUUCUGCAAGUUUAUGAUCUAUACAUCAGCAGUGUUGUUUUAUAUAUGUUAAGAUUCCAGGGGAAGAUCUCAGUCUUUUGGCUGAAUUGAAAGUAAAAGAUCACAGACAUAACCAACCUAGUAGGAUGAGGACGGCAGGUAUGAGAGAGCGACUGUGAGGAAGGAUUUAUAGGCCAGAGGGAGGAAGUGAACAUUUACCUACCCGCAAACACAGCGCAGUGCAAUGUACAAAUCCAUAUACAAGCACACUGGAACGCGUUCAUAAGGCUGUAUGUUACAAGAACAGUAGAGAUUAUGCUACCAGACAUCAGAGAGAGCCAAAUUCCUCUGUGUUUUCGCAUUUUUCUCUCAGGUAGCGUGCAGUGACCAGAGAGAGCCAUUAGCCUUUAGCUUUCACAGAGCAGACAGGUUAUCUUAUCUGGAGCAACUUGAAAGGAAGACGUCACCUCAGGCCUAUAAAAUUCCAGUAGAUACUCUGGAGAUUUAAAGCACCAGUCCGGCCCUGGAGACACCUCUCAAUCUGCUAAACUCACAGGCCCCCGCAGCAUGAUGUCUGUCCAGAUGCUGCCUGUAAACCUCUGCCUUGUUUACAGUACCUCACAUACAUCCCUCGCUCCGUCUUUAUUUUGAAGCAUCUGUCCAAACUGUACAUACUGGUGUGCUCCCAUUGAGAGCAUUCUGACUUUUUAUUUGUGACAAUAUCAGGGUACUUUUUGUGUGUAUGUAUGGUUUUUUGUGUGUGUUGAUUUAUGACAGUUUAGAAGAAAAUAGACUUUUUUUUCCAUUCCCGAAGACUUAACGCUAUGUGUGUAGGGUACAUGCUGUAUGUCCAGCUGAAUACGAAGCCAUAUUAGCUUUUUCAAGCCUCUCCGUAUGUGGUGCUAUUCCUGUGCCUCAUGUGAUGAUGUGCACACUUCAGCCCAAAGGGAAUUUCACAGCCUGCCACUAUACAAGUAUGACAUUAUUUUUAAAGACAUGGGGAAGUAAACGUUUUGUUGCAACGGAUAAAUGCACUUCUCAUUGUGAAUGUCAGAAUUGAAUUCAGUCCAUGGAGUUCUCAGGUGUCAUAAAUGAAGGGAUUAUUGAUAUGAUGAUAUGAUGAUAUUACAGUGUAUUUAUCUUAUUGUACACAUUUACCACAUGUUUAUCAGGUAACUGAAGUUUUUAACAUGUCAUUAUAUAUACAGCUUUAUUUUAUAUGCAAAUAUUUAUUUGUUUGUUUUUCUUAUGUGAAUGUACAUAGACUUUGACCAUGAAUGACUAUGAAUUAUGGGCAGUAUCGCCAUAAACUGAACUGUCUCGAAAAGUGUUUCCUUUAUUUUGUGAAUACAUGCAUUUAUAUGUAUGUCAUAUCCGCAGUAAAUGUAAAAGCAGUUUGGUGCUGCCAUAUGAGAAAGCAUGAUUUAUGUAUGAGAUGAGAUAAGACAAUGAUCAGCAGGAAAUAAAAUGCCUGACACAUGC